UGUCAUAACAUAAGCAUAACCUGAUUUUUAAAAUAACAGAAUAUUCGGUAGGUAGAACCUAUGUAGACGGGUAACUAUUUUUAACCAUGGCAGCAAGAGGCAGAGGUAGAGGCAGUACUUCUUCUUUAACCCAUGAACAGUUACAAGCGCUAGGAAUAGCCCGCGGGGACAACACACCGCAAGCCCUUGCACCACCGCCUUUGUUCCCGAAGCUUGAGGUUAAACCUCUACCAUUAAACUGCGACGCCGCGACUGACUACAUGGUAAUAGUGAGAGACCAGUUCAUAGAAUAUUUACAUGAAUCGCCCGCGUACGUCAAAGCUAACACACGUACCGAUGGUAUCGAGCGAUACUCUGAUAAAUACAAGCUUCUAGCUCAAGACGCGAAGAAGGGUAGGAUAUUGAAUUGCGUAUGGGGCAAUAUCCCGACGGAGCUGCGGCCACAUGCGGGCCGAGUGCGCACGACAAUACGGAAACGUAAAUUAGAUGACCCAAGUGAGAUUGCAAAAAGGUUACAAACGUUGGAACAGAAGGAGACCCAAGAAAGCGAUAUUAUGGACGUUGAUGCGACUGAGGCUAAUAUCAAGAAAGAAAAUGAGGACAACGACGACGAGAUUGAGGAUGAACAGGAGCAAGAGGAAGAAAUUGACGAUGGCACAGAUUAUGCUAACAACUACUUUGAUAAUGGUGAAGAUUAUGAGGACGAGGAUGAAAAUCUUGAUGAUGGCCCAGUGUAUUAGCUGUUACAAUAACUACCAACUAUUAAAUAUCUGUGAUAUUAAAUUUAAAGUGUGUUCUGUGAGUGUUUACAUCAUAAUCAAAAUAAAGCACCCAAUUAGGUUAUUUAAAAGGAA